GAGAGGAACCCGCGUGGGUAUCGCUGAGAGGAGGCUGCAGGGACAGCCAUGGCGCCGGGUGGGCAGGCAGCGGCCAGCGGCGGUAGCUCCAGUGCGGUGACGCCUGAAGGGCUGCGGGGCUGGAUCCGAGGGGCCUACCGCUUCGCCACCGACCGCAAUGAUUUCCGCAGGAACCUUAUAGUUAACCUGGGUCUGUUUGCGGUGGGAGUUUGGGUAGCCAGAAACUUAACAGACAUCGAUUUAAUGGCACCACAGCCUGUUACAUAGUAGCAAUGAUGUGAAUGAAGUAGACCUGCAUGAAGUCUGAACUUUCCACUUUGUUGUAUGACAAAAUGAGUUGCAAUUGUUCAUCACAUAGACUGUAUAUGAGACAGUAUCUUCCAUGCAGCUUCUGUUCCAUCAGCAACUCUAGAAGUUGAAUUCAAGUGUGAAGGAUUGGAGAAAACAUCGAAGCAACAUUUUACCUGUACAUUUUUUUUCAUUAUAUUCAGUUCACUGGAUUGGGAGCAAUGAAUCCAAGUAGUAAUUUAAUACCUUAGGUUCUGUUUUUGCCAGAGGCAGUUAUAGAAUGUAAGAUAUUUUUCUUUGUAGAUGGAAUUAGUUUCUGUACCAAGUUUAAUAAAUUAUGAACUGAAGUGUGAAAUAAAGACAUGCCAAUGCA